AUGGCACAAACAGCCAUCUUUAAAUUAGUUCAAACGGAGGCGUUUGAAAAUGAAAUAAGUGAAUUAAAGGCUCAGAGGCCAGUUCCGAGUUCGAGCCCUCUGAAAAGGCUAUGUCCUAUAUUGAAGGAUAAUGUAAUGCGAGUCGGCGGACGACUAGCAAUGUCCGACCUACACGUAGAUGCUAAGCAUCAAAUUAUCUUGCCGAGUAGCCAUCACGUGACAAGAAUCCUGAUACAAAACUGUCAUGAACAGAAUGCGCACAUGGGCCCAGUACAUAUUCUGGCCAUGUUGCGACAAAAGUAUUGGAUAAUCCACGGUCUGCAAACAGUUAAGUCUGUUAUCGGUAAGUGCAUAACGUGCAAACGACAGUUACAACGACCGGAAUUGCAACAGAUGUGCGAUCUUCCAGAAGAAAGGCUCACACCCGAUAAGGCACCGUUUACGUAUGUCGGUGUCGAUUAUUUUGGCCCGAUGACUGUGAAGUCUGGAAGACGACAUCUGAAAAGAUACGGCUGUAUAUUUACGUGCUUGACCACCAGAGCAGUGCACAUUGAAAUUGCUCAUAGCUUAGAUACGGACUCUUUCAUCUGUGCACUGCAAAGGUUUUUAAGUCGUAGAGGCCGUCCCGAAAAAAUAUUCAGUGACAAUGGGAAAAAUUUUGUAUCAGGAGAUAGAGUUUUGCGUGAUAGCAUUCGGCAAUUUAAUCAAAGUCGACUCGCAAAAUUAUGUCAACAGCAAGAAAUGAAAUGGCAUUUUAAUCCUCCAUAUGCAAGUCAUAUGGGCGGUAUUUGGGAACGGUUAGUACGGUCCACAAAAAGGGCUAUAAAAUCAGUCAUUGGAGAACAACUUCUCAACGAUGAGGCUCUGUUAACUUUAGUUACAGAGAUAGAAAAGAUUCUCAAUGAUAGACCGAUUACCCAGGUAAGUAGUGAUCAAAGGGAUCCAGAACCUUAUCCCCAAAUAAACUUUUGA